CAAAAGGGCUUUCGCUCGAAAUGGUCGACUGUCUCGCUUCAGGUCCAGUCUGCACAGGUAGCCGGUAAAGAAAACGGUCCAGACUCUAGACGAGUAGCGCGGACGCAAACGCACCCAUGAAACGUGCUAGCAGAACAUUUGCCAUGUUAGAGAGCAGCCUUUCUAGAGAACUCUCGAGGCGAGGCGAAUCGGAGGCGACCAAGGUGACUUUGAGGCGAACGGCGAUCGGCCGGCCCCCUCGUCCUGACGGUCUGCUGGUCUCGACGGAGGAGGGUGGCCCGGCCUUCCUGAUGAUUUAGUAAAGCUGUAACAUGGCAACUCUCAAAGAUGCUGCGGCGAGAAAACCUAUUCUAGCAACAAUCCGUCUGAUAGUCCCUGCUGGUGCUGCACGCCCUGCACCACCAGUUGGACCGGCCCUGGGUUUUUAUAGGCUUAAUUUGAUGGCAUUCUGCAAAGAUUUCAAUGCCAGGACACAGAAGUACAAGGCAGAUACUCCAAUGCAAGUUACUUUGACUGCCUACAAGGAUAGCACUUUUGAGUUUGUAGUCAAGUCACCCUCAGUUUCAUGGUUUCUGAAGAAAGCUGCAGGCAUUGAGACUGCUAGCAGUCGCCCAGGCCACAACAAUGUGUCAUCUCUCACACUUCGCCAUGUGUACGAGAUUGCAAAACUUAAGCAGGCUGAUCCAUUUUGCAAGCACAUGUCACUUGAGGCCUUAUGCAAAUCCAUCAUCGGAACAGCCAACUCUAUGGGCAUUGAAAUUGUUAAAGAUCUUUGAGUGGGCUGGCGGUCUAAACUGAAGCACAGUUCGCUGGACUAAUCAGUUUGCUUUCCGGUUUUUUGUUUGACCAGGAAGCAGAGACAUUUGAUUAGUGUAGGAAGUAUGUGGCGCUUCUUUCUUGUGGAUUUAUAUCUCAGCAACUAAGGUUGACAAGUAAUAAAUUUCUGCCUUUAUGUUUUUGCAUUUUCAGAUGGUGUCUUUAAGCUGAAUACUAUGUUGUCUAGAACUCUAUCGAUUUGCAACUUCAUUGCCUUUGAUGUGAAGAUGUUUGCUUCAGAAUUGAACAUUGCGAUGAACUGAUAAUGAGCAUACUUUUGGCUUGAGAUGCA